UGUAAACAGAUAAAACGUUGCCUGAGAGACCAGUGGCAUAUGUUUAAACUCGGUCAGAGAGAGGCCAGACUUCUGCUGUCCUAUUUUCAUGUUCAGCUGGCAAUCAGCUCUUCACUUUGGGUUCACUUCAUGGUUAUUGUCCUGGAAACUCGUUAUCUGAGUUGAGGUCAACAUAUAAAAUGGAGGGUCAAGAAAUUAACUUUGAGCAAGCUUAUGGGUCUCUAUCGGAGACAGACAAAACGUUUGAACCCUUAUUCAUUGAGGAGGAAGAUGAAGACUACUUUGAAGACUGCUUGGAAGAGAUUGAGGCUGCUCUAACUCUUCCUGGAGAGUCCAUGCCUUAUUCAAAAAAAUGCAGAGAAGCUUUGCAAGCUGAGUUUAAUGGACUUAUGCAACAGAUGUUGGCACAGUUAGAUGUUUUUGAUGCAGCCCAUCCAACUACUGCACCACUGGAGUUAUAUUCAGAAACAGUGAACAAAAUGGACAAGAAUGGAUUCACAAAAACAAUCAAGUUCGGAGAGACGUGCAUUCCUGAGAAAGAGCAAACUGUGUUGGAGGUUGAAGAUAAUACUGUUUUCAACCCUGUCGAGGCAAGGCCUGAGUUGACUGCCACCAUGGAAAUACAAAAGCUCAGAGAAGCAUUUGAGAGCUGUAUUGAGGAGGUGGGCCAGCUGGAGCGCAGAAGGGAUGAGUUGGUUCAGGAGCUUCUGGAGUUGGAGGAGCCAAUGGCCCAAGAGCUGCAGACUGUGAGGGAGGCUCUGAGGAAAGAACAAAGCCUCCUGUCCAAAGUCAGACUGGAAAGACUGAGCCUGCAUGAGGACACUCAAAAGACCAAGAGACGCCUCUUCAUAGCGGCCCGAGACUGUGCACAGAGACAAGUGCAGCUUGAAUUACAACGAAAAGAGGUGGAGCAGCUCAACCAAGCUCAGGAGGAGCUGAAGGCCCUUGCUGUUAAGCUGGCUGAGGAGAUCACCAAGAUUCACUCAGAUCACCAAAGCCACCUGCAGGAACUACAAAAGCAACUGAACACCACUCAGGAAUCCAGCAAGAAGAAAAAUCGCUCUUAUGUAACUCAAGGACGACGGGCCUCUUGUGACCUCCAGCAGUACCUGCAUGGUGGGAUAAAAGCUCUAGAGGAGUUCUACGAGCCCCGGUUAGUGUCCCUGCUGAAGAGACGGGAGGCCACCAUGGAUGCCCUCAGUAAGGCUAAAGAGCAAUGCCUGGAGCUGAGGUCCCAGUUAGGACCACUGAGAGGAGAGGAGCAGAUGCUGAGACUCCAGAGAACUUGUCUGGAGGAGAGGAUCCAACUAAUGGAGAGACAGAGGAGGGAAAAUGUGGAACAAUAUCGGGACACAGUUGAUGCCUUAGAGGAGAACAUCAGAGAACUGAAAACUGAGCUCAAGAUCCAGGUAAAGAAGACAGAAGAACUGAAUAUGCUGAAGAACAACACGGCCAGAGAGCUGUUCUUCUACAGAGAGCAUGUAGAGGGCACCUGCAAGCAAGAGAACAGUGUGGCGGUGGAAAAAACCUAAUGAACUAAAGUUUGUGUUAUUAUCUAAUUAGUUAAGUAAAAUGCGUUUGAUAUAUUGUUUUCAUAGUUUAAUCGAAGCUGCCUCUCUUCUCUUAUUAAUAGUAUAAUUAAUAGCCAAUCACCAAAACAGUAAACCCAGUUUACUGAAGACGCACAACAGUGUUUUCUGCAAAGGUCAAAUUUGAUUUAAAAAAAAGCACUCCAGUUGUGUCAGAUAGCCAGAUCUUCAUCUGACAAGUUACACGAAUGUUCUUAAAACACAGUUUUGUUGUGUGUGUGUGUGUGUGAGGGCAUAAAGCUCAUAUAUAAGUGGUGCCUGUGAAAGUGCUUU